AAAUUUUUCCCUCCCAAACCCCAAGUAUACCCGCUGUGUUCGCAGGUUUCCGUUUUGGGCUCGGCGAAUAUCCGGAAUAGACCGACCCACAGCGUCAAAACAGAAGACAAGCGCGCAAGAGCCAUCCUUUCAGUUCGGGUGAUCGCGAGAGGGCGUUUGACUUCCCCUCCCCCGCCAACACGAGUCACUUUCCACACCUCGAUCCAGCCAACCGAGUGACAAGCUUCAUCUCAUCACCACCGAUUUCCACCAUGGCGCCCAGCACCACCACUAAGACCGUGGAGGAGUCUCCCAAGGAGAAGAUCAGCGGCACCAACAGCACCGCUGCUACCAACGACACCCCCAACAACACCACAACCACCACCGCUGCUGCUGCUGCUGCUGCUGCUCCAGCUUCUGCCGAUACCCCCAAGAGCAGCAGCAGCGGUGCCUCUGCUGCUCCUGCCACCACGACCGCCACCAGCGCCGCCGCUACCAACCCCCCAACCACGCUGGCAGAAAUGUCGGAGACCAUCGACCAAAACACAUUCGAGCAGAUUCUUGAAAUGGAUGACGAAGGCGAUAAUGACUUCAGUAAAGGCAUCGUGUUUGGAUUCUUUGAUCAGGCAGAGAACACAUUCGAUAAGAUGGAGAAGCACCUCGCGGACAAGGACUUGGCCGAGCUUUCGUCUCUGGGUCACUACCUGAAAGGUUCCUCCGCCACUCUGGGACUGAUUAAGGUCAAGGACGCAUGUGAGAAGAUCCAGCACUACGGAGCCGGCAAGGAUGAGACUGGCACCAAUGAUGAGCCCGAUCAGGAGGUUUCGCUUGAGAAUAUCCGCAAGACCCUGACCCAAGUCAAGAAGGAUUACAAGGAGGUCGAGGCUUUCUUGCGCAGAUACUAUGGAGAGAGCCCCUAAACCACGAUCAAGGAAAACCCAUCGAGAACUUCAGAUGACCC